AUGGCCCAUCCCACCAACUCAGCCUGGAAAAUCAUCCCCGAAUUCUGCUCCCUCUCCAUCACGUCUACAGUCGAAUUCUACACCAAAGAACUCGGCUUCAAAAUCGGCGGGAUCCACCAAUCUCCCACCGACCCCGAACCUACCUUCUGCUCACUUGCGAACGGACCCAAAUCCGCAGCCAACAUCUACUUUCGGCUCUGUAAAGCAGACGAGUUUCGUGCCAGUACAGCCUGGGUUGCGCUUGGUACGGAGGAACUGGAUGCAUUUUAUAAGAAGCUUGUAGAUGAUGGGAGGGUGGGCAUCGUGGAGAAGAUAGACGAUAAGGAGUGGGGUUAUAGACAGUUUACUGUGAAAGAUGGGGAUGGAAAUCGGGUUACGUUUUUCAAGUUUUUGGAGGGGGGAAAUCCUGGUACUGAGUGA